AUGCCGCGCAACAAGAAGGGAGCCAAGGCCAAGGCCAUCACCGUGGAGCCCAAGAACCCUCCAAAGAAACCCAAGGUUGUUGAGGAGUGGGAGGCAUACUUCAAGAAGGGUGAUCUCCAGGACUGGUUGCGCUUCAUGGGAGAUUUGGGUUUGCGUCAAGAUUAUAGCAGCAUCACAAAGUGUCGCAAGGCUUUGAAGAAUGUCUGGGUCAAUAUCCACGAUUUCCUCCAUGCUGUCAAGAACAAUCAAAAGCCCCGCCGCUUCGCGUCCCAGCACGAGCUCGCCCGCUAUACUCUGGAUAGCCGCAAGACGUACCCCAAGAAGAACAUUCCCCAGGGCAGCCCCCUGCGCCGCCUGCUCGCUCACAUUCACCAGCCGAGCAUUGGAGAGAAGCGGCUGUCCAAGCAAGAGCAGCAGCACGAGUACCAGAAACAGCUGGCCCAUGCCCUCGCCAUUGUAGAGAAGGAGCACAGAUUGAAGGGAGCGUACACGCCGGAAUCCGAUGAGGAGUCGCUUUACCUAUCGUCAAACGGAUUAUGA